GCGGCGCGCACACUCACACCGCCGCGCGAUCGCGAGUGUCUACGCGCGCCGACACGGGCCCCCGCGGUUUUGUAUUCGAGACGGCAGAGUCGUCGCGACUCGCCGCGGAACCCCUGGCCGCGCGGCCUGUAAUUUUCCUUCCCCGAAAAUCGCGCCUCUCCCGCCCGACGACGCGCGGAAUCCUUGUUGGAGAUAGAAGCGAGGUGGAAGGUAGCAAAGUGUUGACCGACGUUCCAACCCUUUGGCGAGCUAAUGGUCAAGUUAUAUGUCUGUCUUUUUUAAUUUUACAAACGAAGGCGUACGAUUUAACUAUUAGUUAACUUGUCAGGAGGUUGGAACAAUCUGCCCCGAGAGGAUCAAGGUGUAGCUGGACGCGCUCUUUGUCGACAUUCACAGGUUGAAUAAGUCUUACGUAUAAGAAAGUAAGAGCUACCCAGGUAGCCAAAUGCCCAGUACAAAUUUUCAAGGCAGAGACACUGCAGAUUGUAUACAGGAACCGAUGUAUUUGAACGUUGGCCGACAUGUCAGACAUAAAUACAACAAAAUCUGCUCACGUAACCGAACCUGCUCGGCCAAAACUAAAGCCAAAUGUGGACGCGGAUGGCUAUGGCCUUGGUGUGGGUUUCUGACGCCAAUCUGUUAACACUUUGCUGACCGGGCUCAAAGUAGAAACUAGUCUAACUGCCCCGCGUUUCCUAGUACGAAAUUCGACCGCGUUUUCUUGACGCGCGACACGCCGACGGCGUAGUCAUGCGACCGUUACGCUCGAAAAGGACCGAGACCCCAUGGUCGAAACGUCGUGGGACAAAGAAUUUAUCGCCAGUCGGAUCGAGGGAAAAAAAAUCUUUCUUCCGGUCAUUUGUUUACCGGCGAAGAAAAAGGGCCUUCCAGGCCAUUCGAGGGCACUCGAGGCAAUUCUUCCCGCUCCGCGAGAGGUCGUGGUCGAGGGAAAAUCCGGGCACCCGGGACGCCUGGGUACGGACGUGGUUACUGGGUACGGCAGGGCGCGGGCUGCGAGCAGAGGGGGACCGCGCGAGUUCGCACGCAUAUACCGGCGCGGCGGCGUACAUUGGCGCACGGCCAGCAGCGAAUUCGUUCGCCGGCUCCCAACGAGAACGCGUCGUCGCCGACACACACGCACACAGCCAGUGAACCUAACCGAGGGGGAGCCUACACACACAUAUAUAUAUAUAGAUACCGCCGAUUAUUAAUCCUACGGUCGUGGGCGAGUCGGUUUGUGGAAAUGGCCGGGGAAAAGCGCAGCCAGGAACAGGACGAGGUCUCGCUCGCGAGGACGGUGCUCGUCGACAUCGAGGGCACCACCACGAGCAUCGGCUUCGUCAAGGAGACCCUCUUUCCCUACGUGCGCCAGACUCUGAAAGACUACAUCGAGACCAAGUGGGAGGACGAGGAGUUCAAGCAGGACUACGGCAAGCUGAAGGAACAGGCAAAAAAGGACGAGGAAGAUAAGAUAGACGGCUUUGUAGCGAUUGCCGGCGAUAAGCCCGAGGAGGAGAAAGACUCGCUUUUGAAAAAUGUUUUCUGGCAAAUGGAUAACGAUCGUAAGACGGGCGCACUAAAGCAACUGCAAGGACACAUGUUGCGUGAUGCGUAUAAGAUUGCCAAAGUUAUUAAAGGACACGUUUACGAAGAUGUUCCUAAAGCAUUAGAAUCCUGGACAAGCAACGGCAAAAAGAUAUACGUCUACUCAAGCGGCAGCGUCGAGGCGCAGAAGCUCCUUUUCGGAUAUUCCGUACACGGCGAUUUGCUUAAGUAUUUCAGUGGUUUCUUCGACACAGAAGUAGGCGCGAAGCAAGAAAGCGACAGCUAUAAAAACAUAUUAAGUAAAAUCGGCGAGAAACCGUCCGAUGUGAUUUUUCUCACUGAUGUCGUAAAAGAAGCUGCAGCCGCCAAGGAAGCAGGUUUGUCAACAGUGAUCGUAGUACGCGAGGGUAAUGCUGCACUAACUGACGAGGAAAAAGUUGCGUAUACAACCGUCAAGUCCUUCUUGGACUUGACGUUUCAGACAUCUGCGAAACGGCAAAAAUUAGAGACGGCAGAUGACAAGGUUGACGAAGGUACGGCUGCCGUUGGUGAGCCAAUGGACACUUCCGAGGACGUAGAGAUGUCCGAUGUCAGCGAUAAGAAAGUUGAGAAGGACGACGCGAAAGAAGUAAUUGAACCGGCAGGAAGGGAAUGCGCCAAGGAUCAGCCGUCGAAAGACGCCUCGGUUUCUUUAGGACAAGCGAAAGAGUCAACGGCGGUUGAGAAAGAUGUUUCAAAUGCCGAGCAGGAGGUGAAGGAAUCUGAUGCCAAAUCUAAGGAUACGAGUGAGGACGCAGGCUCCUCUGAAAGUGCCAAAUGCACCGCGAACGAUGACGCUGCGCCAAAAGACAACGACAAAGGCGCCGCGGCGGAGAAGACUGAGGAGACUUUAGACGCAAUCGCGACUGAAAUCACUGCCGAUGACUCUAUGGACGUGUCCGUACCAGAGUCCGCGUCAAAGUCCGAGACCACUGCCGCGUCUUCCGAGAAAAAGGUCGAGGAUUCUGCAGACAAGGAUGUGCCGGCUGAGGGUGUCGAGAAAAUUCAAACGAUUGAAAGUGACGAGAAAGCAGACGGCAGUGGGUCGCAAACUUGCGACAAGAAUGCAGCGAACAAAUCGGAAGAAUGCUCGGCCGUGAAAACAGACGAGGUGAAGGAGGACUCGAAGAUUACUUCGGGCGAGAGCGAGAAUGUUUUAGCGAAGAGCGAGCAAGAGGUAACGAAAGUGGAGACGACCGAUGUCACGGAAAACGGGGAGGCCGCAGAAACAGCCGCGGAGAAAACGGUCACGGAGGCGGAAGCAGCGGCUACUGACGUGAGGAAAGAAGCAACGGCGUCAACUGACGCAGGGAAGAGUUCGGAAGUAACCGCGGAAUCUGAAAAGGUCGAUGAGAAGGUAGCCCAGACAGUGGAAACGAAAACGACCGACGCUGAGAAACGCGAGAACGAGGCCGCGCAGCAGGAGACAAUAAAAGAAGAGGAGACAGUGAAAGAAGGGAAUGUAGUGGACACGAAGGACAAGAAUACAGUGGAUUCGGAAAAGCAAAAACUCAACGGAACCACGCAAAACGGGAAUACGGAUGUGCCAGUGUUGGACGACAAGUUACAUAGCAACGGACUGAAUGAGGGGCCGUCGAAGGAGGCGACGAACGAGGACGCGGCCGUGGCGCAGAACGGUGAGCCCGAGAGUUUGUCGGAAAGUAGUGCGGAGUCCAUAAAAGUUAAAAAAGUCGUCGACUCCGCCGUGGCCGACGGUGCCGGCGAAUCCGACGUUGUUCCUCCCGUAGUCGUAGCGGCGACGUCUUAACUUUGUUCUUAUAUACAGUUUUAAGGAGCCCUUCAUGCAUAACCCCAAUCCACAAGUACUUAUUCGCAGGUAUAAACUGAUAUUAAUUGAUCCCACACGUAUACUUUAUGUAAAUCGUACUAUGUCAAAAAAAAAUGUAACGCGCUACUUUAAGAUGCAGCUCGUGAAACUACCGUUUGUUUCGGCGGCUCUAUAACGAGAGAGAGAGAGAGAGAGAGAGGCACAGAAAGAAAAUAGUAUGGUAUGGAAAGACACUUCAGACUUGGGUUUUUUUUUCUUUCUUUAGACGUUACUACAUCUCACUUUUCUUGACGACCAACUUCUACUUGUAUCGUUGCCGUUUAUGCGUUAAUCGGCGUAAAGUCAGCUUUUAUCGUCGAUUCCCUCAUGGUUGACUCUUUGACUUUAGACUACUGCGACAACGUUUACACGAGGAAAGACCAUGAAUAUAGUUGAAGUUGCAAAUGUUUGUUUUUUUUUUAACUGUAAUUUCACACGAUCUGAAAGUGAUGAAACCGAACGCAGUGUCAUCCGCUGUGAACAGUCACUACUACUCUUACGAUUCUCGUGGGGCUUUUUGUUCCUAAUAUUACUCGACACGUGUGUGUAUCUUUUUUAUACCGUCUGAACAGAACGACUAUACAUGAAAAAAAAAACUGAUAGGAUAGGUAAUUUCAAUAGAGUUGCAGUACGUUAAAAUAUCGAUUGUAUCUGUGCCAAAUGAAUUUCACGGCGUGAGACCACGCUUCACUCGUUUCGUUUCUUUUUUUUCUUCAACGUUCUCCGUCUCUCGAUAAUUUUACAAAUCAACUUUACGAGAUCUGGUCGAUGUUUUAUUUUACUGCUGCAACCGCGAAACUGACUAAGGAUAAUUAUUUUAAGACUGUAUUGAUUACAGCCUUUAACAGUCGCGUCGUCUUGUAGAUUAUACGAUAGACCUUCGUUGCGCACAGCAUAUUUAACUUUGCGAAUUGAUAAAACGGUGCAUCUCGGCUAAAUAAUUGUAGAUACGUCGCACAAUGAAACUUGACUCAAUUACGUUAGUUUGCUUGCGUUUUUGUUAUAUGUAAGAUUAUAAAGGAAAAAUUUUUUAAGACUAGGACUUUUUGCAUCGAUAUCGCUUUCUGCCCUCGUUUUGUCCGCCUAAUAUGAUUCGCGUAAUGUAACUUGCCUCGCAACAAAUACCGCAAUGCGGAACCGUUAAGAAACUAGCUGAUGUCGCGAAACGUUCAUCAAAGAGCCUAAGAAGAGUGCACUUUAGCUUUUAAAUAUUCUGUAGUCUCGCGAUUCAGCUCGCAGCUGCUUAGUUUUAGAGGUGAAUGGCUCUAUACGGUUAUUUGAACGAACCGGCCCGGUGAUCGCGCAAUUUCAAGGGGUUACGUAGCCAAUUGGAUCCACUCUCUUCUACAUUUAACCGUGUAAUUUAAACACUCGCGGAAGAGCAUAUCGAUUCGUAGAUUUACUCUGUCAUUCCUAAUAAAUUAAUAUUGCGUUACAAAGUCUACACACGCGGAAUACGUUUAUAUUAUCGCUUUGCAGUUAAUCUAAUGGCAAGUUUAAUCGCCUGCACUAAUGUACCCUAAAAGCUGCUACACACGAAACAUACCCAAGUAUCCAAGUGUAAAAUGCAAAACAUGUGCACUUUCACUGAUAACGUCAUACAUACACAUAUAUAUUAUAUAUCUUAUGUAUCACUGUGUUUAUAUAUACAUAUAUAAUUGCUUAUACCAGAUAUUAAUACAUAUAAAUAUUAGAGCUUAUAUGUACAACAUGUAUACGUUAUAUACUUUGUAUAUGUAAACACGUGAUAUCGCAAAAAUGUGGUACACACGAAAUUACCUUAUCGGUCACAAUGUUCGUGCUUUUAUAAUUUUACACGCGGUAGCUUUUGGUGUGCACUUCCCGUGUGCUUUCACGUGAAAUCACUAUAGAUAGAGCGCUGGGCAAGGCUACCCCUGCGUCAGCCGUCCGCGUGGAUUACGUGCCAAGCGAUAAUGCGGCUAUAUUACGUGUAGACUGUCGCUCAGUUUUGUGAUGCUCAACAUGGUUUUUAAAAGGAAAACGCGUAUGGAAACAAUACUAAGAAAAAUAAUGAUGAGCGGUUAGAGUGGGAUCGCGCUCUCGGCGGAGAAUCGAUUACCGAUUACUUUCACCGCUGCUCAUUAUGCUCCAUUCCUGUUAAAUUGACUGUGAUUUAAGAAUAUUACUAGACAUAGGUUGUGCUCGAAACGAUUCGUUGUUAUCAGUAGCGUUCGUCCUCGUCGGGUGUGAUAUUCCGUUGCGGUUAUAUUUUUUCUCUCUCUCUCUGUUUUUUUUUCUUCUUCAUUUCAGACUUAGGAUGUCCGCGUGUCUAGUCGAAGUCAAGCGAGGAGAGGGUGAGAAGUGGCGGAGACUUCUAUAGAUCGAUAGACGAUUUCGCGUUGUUUGCUCUACAUAUUACGUUCGCCGACUAGGGAGAUACGCGAUGAGACCGGAAGUAAACGUGGGUGCCACGUGCGUCUCGGUACGUUCGCGCCAGCGUGUGCGACAGAAGCGGGCACGGAGAACGAGCGCGGUUUGAUAUUUUACGGUGUAUACUCUUGACGGACCUCGCAUAUUUUAUUUAUAAGUCGUCCCCCCCCGAAGAGGCGCUCGAUACGGUUGCGACAGAUUGUAUUGUAUUCCCGCCGUUACAUGUGUCACUCGCAUCUCGAAGCAUACGGAGCUCUUCGCGCUUUCCACCGCGUUCCACCGAGGCGCCGACAGUCCCAAGUUCAGCGAUCGAGUCGUUUCUUUCACAUGUAAACGUACGACGGCGCGGCACAGGUGGCCCCGAGACCCACUUAUCCGCGCCGUCGAACGUGCACGCGUUUUUAAUUCUGAAAUAACUCGAUCUUGAAAUAACGACACCGGCAGGCGUUGUGUCCCGUAAUCGCGCGGGUUGACCGGGAAAUCAAACAGCAGCAGGGAGAGAAACGCACGGAAUGCGCGCGAGUCUCUCGGAUGCUUCCCGUUUGUCGCACGACGAUUAAUAUCGCGCGCCGAAAGCAAAAAGCAAAAAACUGCCACGGAUUCACGACGAUGGUGAACUCGAGGGUGAGGCGGAGAUGCGCCCGAGGCCCCGUCCCGGCUGACUUUCACGACAUCGCCCGAAUCAUCACCUCCAUAUCAUUCAUACUACCGUUUUGCGUCGAUAGUCGGGCAGGCCGAAGCGCGCAUCUCGAUCGCACGCUCGUGCACGAGCCCACGCUCAAUUACGUAGAUUAUCGUAAUCUUUAAACGUCCUCAAUGCCAUGGCGAUCGUUUUAUUAAUACACGACUGAAUUUAGAUAUUUGCGUGUGCUGCUGAAAACGUGUUUGUCUUGCGAUCUCGGAAUGUACAAUUUGUAAUUGGACGAAAGUUUAUUCAAGUCCGUACGGCAUUGGGCGCGUGUUAAUCCCAACGAUAGUUGAACUGAUUUACCGAGUUCCCCGAAUAGCACGGAAUGCGUCGAGGCCCAAUUUGUUGGCUAACGAUAUUUCAACUCGGGGAAGCGACUCCCAAAGUUCAGCGCUGUUGCAUUCGGGCCUGAUUUAUCUCGGAAAAGAUGUAAAGCGAGCUAAUAUUAUUUUGACGACCGAGUCUCGAAUUUAUUCGGGGAAAAUUCACGUGAAAAUACCAAUUAUUGUACACGUUAUUCUGUAAUUUUCAAUAUUGAGAGACUCUGAGACGAUCACGAUUUUACUUUUACCUUUGGAAAAGGAAGACUAUUAAAAAAAAUUAUAUUCAACGUCAUGAAAAUGUGAAUAAAUCCUAAAAUCGUACAUCUUAUAAACGCGACUCGCGACAUUGCAAAAUUCUUCCGGAAUCGCGGCAUCUCUUUUUUUAACAUUCAAGACGGAGGCCCGAACGCAUUCAACAAUUUUUUAACUCUACAAAAAGCCCACGAAUGAGCAAAAGACUUGACGUAACACUGCCUCGUUGUUCAUUGUACGAAAAUGGCUCGACUGAAACUCUGAUCAAUCUCUGCAAUACUACUAAGAUUCGGGAUUGCGUGCCGUUCUGAGGCGACGACGCGUGCGGUUUUAUAGUUUCGUGACUUAGCGAUAGAUUUACCACCUCUGGCGAGAGGUAGAAAACGAUGAUCCUGCAACAUCGCGCCUUUACGAUCGUAAACUCACGGGAAACCGCCCCCGCCUUUCCGAAGCGUCGAAAUUGUACGAGACGAUCGAACAGAGAAAACAAAAAUCCAACGUAGAACAGGAGUAACCUCAUCGUAUUCAUUAGCGAUAUUAUUGUUUGUAAUUCAUUGGCUAUAUUAUCUGUAACACAUCAAUAUAAUUGUAGGAGAGACGUAAGGACUUGAUCGAUACUUUCUAACUCUUAAGGCUAGAUAUCCCCGAGGGGGGAAGAGUGGAAGUCGGAUAUCGACAUUUUUCUAUUGAAUUUCAAACUUUUCCCUUCGUAAAAUUCUUUUGCGCGUGUAUCCCUUGUUAAUUUAUUAGAUUAAUCGUCCAAUUGUAUGCAUGUAUACGAAAAGCUUGUUUGAAUACGGCGUAUUUAUUUUAAGCAAGAACAAUCGUGCCAUCUGUGCAGUUUGAAUAAUACAACGUGAUGUGAAAAUAUUUUGAAUGUAAAGUUAAAGCGAGCUUCUUAAUUUACAGCGACUGCGCCAAUGGGGCGGCUCAAGUUUAAACUUUUCUCGAGAUUCUGAUAAAUUAUCAUUUAACAUUCUAUAUAUCUGAAGACAUAAAUUAAUAAUUGCUCCAAGGAUUCUUUUUUAUAACACGCGGAUCAUCGUCCUUGCACUUGGACUCGGUCGAUAUUUGAUUUCCACUCCUCAAUUGUUCCUACGAGCCCGUCGCAUUUCCCCCAUCUCCUCUCACUUACGCUUUCAACGAAUCGCAUUACGUUCUUCCCUCGAGGGAAAGUUACGAUUAUCAUUGUUCGCGGUGUUCUCGCAGAUAUCCAUGUGUGUACGUUAGAUUGUGAAAACACGAGUGGUACGGUUUGGUUUGACUUUUUCGUUUACAUUUAAUCGCGCUGUCGACGGAUUCCCCCCCAUAUAUGUUAUCCGAAUAACCAAUGAAUCCCAAGAGGUAUGCGUUGUACAGAGCUAAUCAGCGAAUUCUGUUCCCCCCCCUGAAUCCUGACUGCGUUCGUAGAGCAAAAUAAAUGAAUUUUGCAACUAGAAUUGUGACGUUCGUUUUCAUUUCAGUCUCCCACGUAGCGUGUCGUAAUGUAACGGUGUCUACGAAUGUAAAAGUUGUGUAUGUUUAAGAAAAUGCUGUACACGUAUGCUAACUUGAAACUAACUCUAUUGAUAAUCACUCGACUUGCGAGGAAUUGCUUUCUUUUUACAUAUUGUUUCUUGCAUCAAUUCUGUCGCAUUCGCGUAAUCUCGGGGUAAGUCUUGAUCGAGACGCCAAACUCAGGAUAACGAAUCUUCACUCCAACGGAGUGGCCACAUAUAAAGUGCAUUGUUCCCGUACAUACAUACAUGCGUAUCGUUCCCGAAUCGUUAUCGAGACUUAGAAAUUAUCGCGAGCCUAUCCUAACAUUCGCGCUGUGCGUUUAUAUUGUAGUACAACGAUUCAACAUUCGCUACCUUAAGACACUCCCAUUUGAAUUUUGCACCAGAUAGAACCGCGAGAUAGCAAGCAGCCUGUGUUAUCGCGGUUGGAGUAACUUCGUUUUACAUUUGUAUACUCGUGUUAUAGCUGCCAAUAAAGCGUAGGAUGCCUCAUCAUCGUUUCAGUUCUUGAUUAGUAGCUCGUUUCGUAAGCUCGACGGUCACUCGUGACCUUCAGCGAAGAAUACCAUUUAUUAUAAAUUUGUAAUCUCUAAUAUAUUUAUUGAAUACCUUUGCAAUUAGCUUUAAGACGACAUAUCCGCGUUGAAGCUUAAUAGAAAUUGAAGGGAGGACGAAAAGCUUUCUCUCGGCCCCGCGAUUUAAUUCGUUAGAAAUACUUUCGGUCGCUUGCUGUCCGAGAAAACUGUUGAGCGAACUCGACGCUUUCGCGAAGAUAAAAUUACCCGCCGAACACACGGCAAGCAAAUAAAGCGAUAUAAGUGCGAUGAGUCAUCCUAAGUGUCGCAUUUAAGGAUUCCUGCAGAAAGGGGAGCUGUGUGUGCGAUGUUUCGAGGUGGGAAGGAAGUUUGUAACGAAUUAGAGAAGCCGCACACGUACCGCAAGUAGAUUGGCAUAAGUUAAACGUUGUUAGUCGAUCGCAACCUUUCGGUCCUUUGACUCGUCCAUUCGACUAUCGCCCCCCCCCCCCCCCCCCGUUAGCUCGUAACGUUAGAUUAACUCAUUAGAUGUAUCUCUAUCGCAAUACGAUAUAGUAAUAUAGUUAUAGCAGCGUACUUUACGGAUUAUUAUUAUGCGUUAAUCGAUAUACUUUCAUGUUUAAUCCGCCGAUUUUCAACGGCCGGUAGAUCGUAUAAAGUAUUUGCAAACCGAUGCAGCCGCACACUUCCGGAGUGUGGGACACGAUAGGCUUCGCCAAGUCGACGAUUCGCUAAUUGGCAUUCGUGCCGAUGUCUUUUAAUCGGCGUGAUUUUAUACCUUCGGAACAACAGCUGUUUGUCCGAGUCGCGUCAUAUCAUUUUGUGUCUACCGUAUUUAUACAGAAUCAUCUGCUUUCGACUUGAAACAGAAACUUUCUUACCGCAGCAACGUCGACUACGAACUUCGCUGAGUUUCGCAAUGUAAUUGUAAGAACGAAAUGUAUUGGAUAUUUGGUACUGGAAAUACACGAUUUCAAAAUGUCA